GUAAGUAAGUUAGAUUUUAGAUUGUUUUAACCUAGGUCCUAGAAUCGAUAGCAUAAGUUCAGUUUAUCUAAACUGUGGCAUAUCUGAUAAGUAAACAAAUUAAUUACUGAGUUUCAAGAAAAUGGAAAGUCUAUAAGAAGUAUUUAAAUCAUAAUGUCCAUGCUUGCAGAGAAGAAGAAACGUGAAAAGUGGUGUUUAAAUCCACGUGGUAAAGCUUGGAGUGAAGAUCAGAACAAGUUUGGACAGCGUCUGAUGGAGAAGAUGGGAUGGAAAGCAGGCGAAGGCCUAGGAGCAAACCAGCAGGGUAUCACAGACAUAGUCAAAACGAGAGUGAAAAACGACAGUAAAGGUUUGGGAUUUAAGGAGAACGGGGAGGAGUGGAUGAAGACGACGAGUGAAUACGACUCCCUACUUGACAAACUUGCUAGCAGCAAUGGAGAGAAAGGGAAAGAGAGUCAAACUGCUGCGCCCGUCUCCCUUGAGGAUCGCUCCAAGAAGUCUAGAGCUCGUAUCCAUUACCACAAGUUUACAAGAGGAAAGGACGUAAGUCGUUAUUCAGAAAAGGACUUGGCUUCCAUAUUAGGACCGGAAGUAGUAAAAGUGAAAAGUGAACAAAAGACCUCUGCUGAUUAUACACAAAACCAAAUAAAUAAAGGGAGCCUAGAAGAAUACUUUAGCAAAAAGUUAAAGUCGAAAGAGGAAAAUUGUGAUGAAAACAUUGAGGAUGACAAAUGCAACGACGGUGAAGAUAAUGGGAUUGAUUCAAAAAAUAAUUUAGAGUCAGACCCUCCUGUCCCACAUAAAAAGAAGAAGAGGAAGAAAAGCAGCGUUGAAGAUAACCUGGCGGAAAACUCAAAGGAAGAUAAUAUAUGCAACGAUGAUAGAGAAACUGUGAUAGAUUCUAAAGAUAAUUUAGAGUCAGACCCUCCUGUUCCACCAAAAAAGAAAAAGAAGAAGAAAACCGGAGUUGAAGAUAACCUGGCAGAAAACUCAAAGGAAGAUAAUGUAUGCAACAAUGAUAAAGAAAGUUUGAUGGACUCAAAAGAUAAUUUAGAGUCAGACCCACUUAAAAAGAAGAAGAGAAAGAAAACCAGUGCCGAAGAGGACCAGGCAGAAGAAAAAUCAAGUAUAAACUGUGAUGAAGAUAUACCAAAAAAGAAAAGGCAUAACGUGAAAGUAGAAGAAGAAAAGACAACAAAAUAUGAAGAGUCCUCUAAUGUCAGUAACUUUGUUUCUGAACAGAGUAUAGCUGAUGAAACUGAAAUCUCAAAGAAGAAGAAGAAGAAAUCCAAAGUUAAACUUGAAGAGGCAGAGGUACAACAAACAGAACUUAUUAGUGAGUGUAUGAACAAUGAAUUUGUAAAUGCUGAAGAUACUGUUUCACAAAAAAAGAAAAAGUCUAAAAACAAAAGUGAAAAAUUAAUGUUAGACUCAUCAGAAGUUAUAACUGAAGAUGAUGUAAAACCAUCAAACAUCAAUGUUGCUGCAUCUGAUACUACUGAAGUUGUACUAAAGAAGAAGAAGAAAUCAAAAGAAGUUUACCAAGAACACGAAGAAGAGCCUUUGCUGAACGUAUCGGUAAAAAAAGAGAAAAAUAAACCACCAAAAACAGAUGAAGAAGAAACUGCGCAAGGAAUUAAACAGGUAGCUUCGUCUAAAAAGGCGGAAGAUUGUAUUGAAGUUCUUGGCCGUAAAACUCGAUUGAAAAAGAUAAACAAUCCAUGUAAAACAGCAACCAAUGACUCUUAUCAAACUGAAGAGUUCAUGUGUUUUUCCACAAUGAAUGUUUCCCAGACUGCAGCUCAAAAAGAUGUUAAUAAAAACUCAAUACCUAUGGCAAAACCAGAUGCUAGUAUGGAAGGAAAGACCAAUAUGAAAAUGACAAAGCAAAGCAAAAAUCCUCAAAUUAUAGAGAAAGUUUUGGAAAAAAAAUCUAAAGCUAUGUAUAAAACGAAAACAGACACGGUUGAGGAUUCUAACGUUAUGAAAUGUUACGAAGACCCAAAUUCUGAGGAGGCCAAUGUACCAAAACAUGUUGUGGCCUACGAGUACAGGCUUGUUGUAGCACGACUGAAACAUCUGGAAAUAUCACCACCAAAAGUGAAAAUUACUAUAGAAGAAGAAAAAAACCUUAAUCCAACAAUAAUCAGGAAACUAAGACAAAUAGGAAAAAUUAAACAGUUUAAAACCUUAUUGGCACCCAAAGAUAAGACUGAAAUAGAAACUUUGGUAUCAAAAUUUUAUGAGAAUUUAAAACCAAAAAUUGAAAUGAUGACAUCAUUGGGUGAAUUAGAAGAAAAAGUAUAUAAGAUUGCUAAAAACUUGGAAGGGAACUUAAAUCCCACAGAAAAUGAAAACGUGUCUACUAUUGCCAAAGAAGAAUCGCCAGAGAAUGUUGAUUCAUUGAAAAGUCAAUUACAAAAACUUGAAAACCUUUUUAGUCGUUACAGAACAAACAAUGAUGAAUCGAAUACUUCUAAAGAUAAUACCAAUAAGGAGGGUUCAGAUGCAGACGAUACGGCAGGAGAAACCGAUUGUAUGUGGUUGAAGAAAGCAGAGAAGAGACUUGAAACUUUGAAAGAGAACCAGAAACUGUUGUCCGAGGGCAAAAUACCACCCAAUUUAACUCUUAGUGUAGAGCCUAAAAAAGUUCCCAAAAAGAAAAAAAAAGUAUUUGUCAAAGUAGUUAAAAAACCUAAAAAACAGUACAAUGAAAAACACGAUUUCAAAAAUACAAGCUACUCCAGAGGGAGAGUUGCACAUAACGUCAGGAACCAAAGAGGUAGAGGUGGAAUUAAGGGGGUACAAAGUGCAAUUCCACACGGGGGUUGGGGAGUCCUCAAGUCUUUUGGAACAGACGGGCAGGAACUUCCAAAUCGAGGUCAGAACACAGGAGGGUCUGGAGGCGAAGGGUACGGAGGAGGCUUUUUCGAUGAAAGUAUGUGGAGAGGAAGAGGAACUGGUAGAGGUGUUAUGGGACGAGGAAGGGGUGAUUUUGUUGGACGAGGAAGGGGUCAUUUUAUGGGGCGAGGGGGAGGCUUCAUGGGACCAUGGGGAGGUAAUUUCAUGGGAGGAAGAGGUAAUUUCAUGGGAGGAAGAGGUAAUUUUGUAGGACAAGGGGGAAGUAAUUUCAUGGGGCGAGGAAGGGGUGCAUUCAGGGGCCGAGGAAGAGGGGAUGUAAGAAGAGGAAGGGGGAGAAUAUCACAAAACAACUUCGAAGCAAAACUGUACGCUGAAAAAUGUAAGGAGCUUAACAAAGUACCAGAAGUUUGUUUCAAUGGUGUGAACUUGAAGCUCAUAUCUGGUUAUGCUGCCAAUGUAACUCCCACUAAAACCACUGUGCUUAGCAACACUGAAUCCAAAUCAAGUGGAAGUCAACCUGCCAUUUCCAAUUCGGUCACAAAACCGGGAGCAUCGUAGCAAAAAAGAAAAAAAAAAUAGUUUGUUCAAAAAUUUUGUUGAAAAGAAUUAGCUAGGCCUAUAUAAAUUAUUAAUAAUUUUCAUCUUUGAUAUUUUUUAAUGUUACAGUAAAACCAUAUGAAAUCAGUCAUUUUUAUGCAUCUUAAAUGCAACGCAAAACAUUUGUUAUAAAAUACCUUUACUUAGGUACGGUACCAAAAAAUACUGCAAAAAUUUCAGUGCUAUACAGGGUGAUCAACUCAAGAGGGCCACCAUUGGGAUAUCGGAAACGGUAAUAAUUAGAGAAAACUUUAAAUGGCGGACAUUCCUUUAUUUUUUGUGGCAAUUAAAAAUAUGAAUUUUUAGUUUUUUUAAUUCAGGCGCCAUUUUCCAAUAUGGCGGCCAACUGUACAAUUUCUUAUGGAACACCCUAUAUUUGAUCCUGUUUACGGAUAGAGCAUACAACUUAAAAACUUUUUUAUUCUUGGCAUAAUUUUCAUAAACCCACUUGUUUGGGAGUUACAGCCUAUGAAAUAAACGGUAUCAGCAUUGUGACACAUACUUUCUCCCAUAAGUUUGUCAACAACCUUUAUCAUGUGUAAGCGGUGAGAGUAAAUAUACGGAAAUGGGAUUUGUACAAUUUCGUUCAGAAUUUAAGGACUACAUAUACUAACAUACUAAUUUUUUAUCAAAAUCGUUAGAGCCAUUUUUGGGGAAAAACCAUUUUUUUAUGGAAAAAUAACAUAAUUUACAAUCACUUUUGAACCCUAAUUUUUUAAGAAAUAGGAUUUGUACUAUUUUGUUCAGAAUAUAAAGGACUAUGACAUACUAAAUUUUUAUCAAAAUCGUUUGGGCCAUUUUUGGGAAAUCCUAUUUUCCGGUUUUUUAUGGGUUUUUAUGGGAAAAUCCCCAUUAAAAAUCAAAAUUUCAAAAAAAUGAAAAAACCCCUGGAGAUACCAUGGAUUAGAACUUGCAUACCAAAUUUCAUCUAAAUCGGACCACAGGUGUAGUCCCUAGCUCUGUACACAUCCAGACACACAGCCAUCACUUUGAAAACCACUUUUUUGGGUCCAGGGGGACCCAAAACGAAAAUAUCCACUCAAAACUCGAAAAUUUUGACGAAAACAAUACUUUCUCCAUAUAAUAUGGUAUAGGGGGAGAAAGUAAAAAUGACUUCCGGUGUACAUGUUGCAUCAUGUAGCUCCUAAACGAGUAGGUUUAUAGCGAAAAUUCAAACGUAAAUAAGUCUUAAAAUUGCAUCUACAUUCCAAAAAGACCCUAAAAUACCUUAAAAACACACAGUUUUCCACUUUUCAAGUUUGCUGCGAUUUUGGAAAAUGGCCGCCAUUUUUGAAAUAACAAAAUUAAUAUUUUUUAUGUAUUUUAUGGUCUUUUUGGAAUCUAGAUGCAAUUUUAAAACUUAUUUAUUUACAUUUGCAUUUUCGCUAUAAACCUACUCGUUUAGGAGCUACAUGAUGCAACAUGUACACCGGAAGUCAUUUUUCAUAGGCUGUAACUCCUAAACAAAUGGGUUUAUGGAAAAAAUGCCAAGAAUAAAAAAGUUUUUAAAUUGUAUGUUCUAUCCGAAAACAAUAUAGGGUGUUCCAUAAGAAAUUUCAAAGUUGGCCACCAUAUUGGAAAAUGGCGGCUGAAUUUCAAAACACUAAAUUUAUAUUUUUAAUUGCCACAAAAAAUAAAGGAAUAUCUCCCAUUUAAAGUUUUCCCUAAUUCUUACCGUUUCCGAUAUCCCAAUGGUGGCCUCCUUGAGUUGAUCACCCUGUAUAAUUAAUAAGAGUAGUAGAACUUUACCUUCUGGAUGAAAAUUUGAUAAAUUUUCUCUACAAUAGUUAGAAUCUAAUUGAAUAAAAAACCAAUGUCUGUUGUGUAUUUACGAAAUUGUUAUAGGCUCCUCUGUACAAAGAUUUACACAAGUAGGCCUAUACAAUUGUUCAAUUUUACCAAUGAAUUUAUGUGGAAAUAUGUUUUUAUGUAAAUAUGUCUGUAAAUAAAUAAUUUUAUUCAACUAAACAUUUUAUUUAUAACCUUUUAGCCAAAUUAGGUUAUACUCAUGGCUGACACUAAAUGAUUUUAAAG